AUGGCCCUCGGAUCUCUCUUCACACUCGUUCUCCUUCUAGCCCCCUUGGCACUGGCAUCCGGGCCUGUCCUGGUCAGCACGUCUACACCAUCUGGCAUAGCCAAGUUGACCAGCACGGUGCACAGCACGGCGUCUCGGACAACAACCCAGACCGUCCGGCGCCACACCUCGACCUCGAUCACCACAGAAGAUUGCGAGUCAACCGAGUCCAGCACCUACAAUGGCUACACCACCGUUCCCUUUACCAGCACCCUAACCGCCUUCCUGUCGGGUGCUAUAUGCAAUCCCAUCAAAACCACGGAAUGCACCAGCUACACAAAGCUCGUAACUUACACCAUCACCACGGAGGCCACCGUUGACCUCGGUCCGUCCUCCACCACGAACUACGAGUACUCUAGUUCGACGAGUGACGGCUACACUUUCAUCAGUUACCCCGGGUCAACUCUUUCCUUCCCCUUUCCUCUGUCCAUUCCCACUCCUCCGUCCAUCCCCACUUCUCCCGCCAAGACCGCUACUCCCAUCUCGUUGUCCUCCAUUUCCACUGAGAGUGAGACGGAGCCUUCGGUCAAAACUACAACAGUCACUUCGAUUUCGAAGACGACUGUGCACCACAGCAUGAACGAGACGGUCACGGUAGAUACUUGCAGUGGGGUUGUGGUUUCUACGACUGUUACGCCGCUUACGACCGCAACGCCCUCGUCGUUUGCGACUAUAGGGCCUGCUACGAGUAUCACAGGGUCCACUUCGUCGUCGUCGACCGAGACUGGAAAGACAAUCUCGGAUAACUCGCCUGUGAGUCAAAGUGGAAGCUACAGCGAGACGAGCAUUUCGACGGCUUUCACUACGAGUACGACGUCGCACUCGAUUACGCAUUACACUACGGCGAGUUCCUCGCAUUCGACUACUUCCAGCGCGAUCCCCGUCACCGCUGGAUCGGACAGGUUUGGUGGUGAGGUGAAGGGGUUGGUGGGAGGUUUGGCGAUGGUCAUGGGGGUUAUGUUCGGGUUGGCUUAG